GUAGUGUACGCAGCUUCGUCGUGAGUCACGACAAGCACCAUUUUGAACAUAAACGUCGCGCGUCUUAUUUUCUAUAAAAAUUGUAUUGUUUUGUUUUUAUUGUGCGUGUGGUUUAUUAUAUUGUGUUAGUUAAAGUUAAAGAGCUUAUAACAUGGACAAAAGUGCAAGCAACCGUAGUGGCAGCAGUCAAAAGGAUCAGAACUCUUUGGGCAUUCUAAGCAUGGAUAAUCUGAAAGUUUUCGGCGAUUUGUCCAUGAUGUCCAGUUUAUCCAGAAAUAAUAGCGCAAAUACAAGUAGGAAUAAAUCGGAUGUCAAUGAACGCCUCAAGGCGGGACGCCUCAAGGCGCUGGAGACACUCGAAAAACCGCGAUCGCGAUCUAGUUAUUUCUCGUCAUCCGAUGUUGAAAGAAAACAACAAGCACCUAGACACGGAACGAGUCGUGUGAGUAGCGCUCCCAGCGUUAGCAAUUUCACAAAUAUAUCGGAUUUGAUUACGGAGGAAACGAUCGAUCUCAACUCGAGUGGUUCUGUUCUAAUGCCCACGCCAGCACCAAAGGCUGCGCAAGUGUUCUUUGAACCAGGCGAGAUUACAGGACGCUCAACUCUGUGCAAGAAUGACUCAAGGGCCAGCAAACAGAGCAGACAAGUCUCGGUGGCCGACAUACUAAAGUCAUCCUUUGUGGAGAAGGCACGUGUGCAGUUUGCCAAGCGGCUGGAGGAUGAUGUAUCCAGCCAUGAGCAGUCCAGGAACAGCACCAGCGCCAGUACAAUCAGUGAUUCAUUCAACUACUCGCGUAGCUUGCCACGCACCGCGGACUUGAGUAACUCGAGUUUGAAUGGCGGCGGCGGCUUUUCAUUUGGCUCGGCAACUGGACAAGGAUUCGAUGAGAGUUUUGCGCCUGCCGAGUUGAUGCAGUCCAAGUUAGUGAAUGGUGAAAUAUCAUGGGCACAGGAGUUUGCAGCUGUGCCAACGGCCACGCUGAGCAAGCAGGCAUUGCAGAAGAUUGCGGCUCCACCGCAAACACCAGAGAUAGAAAACUCUGUGUCCAAUUCUGUUCUGGCAGGUGAUCCCGACUUUUCGCUGGGAAACUAUUUCCAAAUGCGUUCGGACAGCAUUUCCAACAUUGUUGGCAACGACGAACGUGAUGAGCUGCAUUCAGCUCUGGGCCAGCUGGCACCAUCACCACAAACACCAAUAAGCAGUGAUGUCGAGACAACGCCACAUGUGGACAAUAAGACUUAUACAAAGGCGGAGAGUGCCAAGAUGGAGCGCAAUCUUAUGAAGAAAAUGCAGCAGGAUAAGUUUAACAAAGCACUGCAAGUGGAGGCCAAGAAGAAGCCGCCAACAAGCUCGGAACUGUUAAGCUUGUCGGCUAUAGAUGAAGCACUACGCAAUAUGGAGCUGAAUUCCGAUACUUCAGUGGGCGAUGUAGUAAACAAGUUUCGCCUACAUGGCGCCGAUGACGAGAAUAAGGAGAAUGACAGUACGCUGUGCAAGUCCAAGUCUAAGCUCACGGACACAAUGAGCUUCACAGACUCCUUGCUAAACACGACCGAUUUUAAGCAAUUUCAGGACAGCAUUGUGGCGCCCAAGAAACGACAACCUUUAAGUCCGCUGGCGGACUUUAAUGCACCCAGCAUAUUGGUGACGGCCAGCGAUGGACACGAUGCUGACAUUGAUGAAUGGCCCUCGACGCCUGUGAAGUCACCUGGACGUCGUGUGCGGCACACCAAGUCACCGAACUCGCAGCGAGCCGUGAGUCCAACUAGCAGUGAUGGCGUGCACACAUUACCGCCUACAGAUGAGGAGGACGAGGACAAAACGCCCGUCAAUAAGAAGCAUAGUCUUACUGUGGGCACUGUGCGCAGCUCACAGAAUUCAUUUAGCUCAACACGUCUUGAUGGCUGCGAUGCUUUGCCAUCGUCCACGGAAUGCGACUUUGGCAUUUCGCCUAAUCUCGUGAAGAGCGUGCGCAAUGUGUCACCACUGUCUUCGCCACGAAGCUGUCUGUCGUCGCCCCUAUUGGACAGUACAACAAGUUCGGAUCGUCGCAUGCUCUCGGGCGCUGGAGCUUCGAGCAUGGCACGUCGUGCCAACUCUUCACCGGCGGCUAGCGAAGCAAGCUCCACAAGCGGUUUUAGCUCGGUGCGUAAAGUGACAAAUGGUACCCAAAUGAGUGCCUUGCCGCGCAGUAUGUCACGCUCCUCCAACUCGAGUGAGUUUAGUCAUCGUGAUGGCAAAAUCUUGCCCUUGAAGGUGACACACACUAGCUUGUGCUGGGGCAGCACCAAGUUGCGCACAGAUGUGCGCAAGUCCAUGCAGAUUAAAAACACUUCAGAUAAGCGGCUGGUCAUACGUCUCAGCAUACAGGGACCUGGAUUCCAAUUGGUGGGCAGCGAUAGCAACACCAUCACCUUGCAGUCGAUGGAGUGUCGCAGCAUCUGUAUUAGCUUUUGUCCAACUGUGAGCGGCGCAGCAAUUGGAGCACUUUCCUUCUAUGCGCCCAACGGCGCCAACAAUUGCCAGCAGCCAAGCAUGGAAAUACCGCUGUAUGGCUACGGAGGCAAUGCAUCCAUCACCGUACAGGGAUUGCUCAAGGGACCGGUUGGCGCCAGCUUCUUGACCGUGGGAAAUGUGCGAGAUUUGGCCUUUGGUCCUCUGACUGCCUGCUUUAAAUUCUACAACAAAGGACCGUUGACAGCGUUUGCGGGCAUCACUGUUGAUUCGACAGUCUUGCUGAAGCCGCGUCUUAAUGCGGCAUUUGAGGUGCGGCCAAGCAAGAUUAUUUUGCCGCCACGCAGCGAAGCUGUGGUACAGAUUGUUUUCCAUCCGAAUCGAGAGGAUGUCAAGAACAUACUAAAGAAGACAUCGCAGGUCUUGACGCUGGCGAACAUGCGCAUAUUUUGCGGCGAUGAACCCAACAGACAACGCAUGCGUUCAUUGGUACAGCGCAUGACUGGCGAGCAACGGGAACAAAUGACUUCAUCGAUGCUGGACAAUAUUUGGAGCACUUUCCCCGAUGAGCAACCGAUACGCAGCAUUAGCCUGUUGAAUGAGCCACCCGAAUUAAUACUGGAUCUGGUCACAGUUGUGCGCAUUAUCGAUGUGGCACUGACACUUAAUCGUGACUUUGAUGAAUCCGCUGAGUACUCACAUCUUUGUUUGCCCGAUGCGGAAGAAACUGUACUCUUUCGUACAGUUUGUGCAGCCAAUUCACCGACGCCCAGCAAUAUGAUGGAACCGAUUGAUGAACUGCAUGAGGCAGACACUACUUCGGCCAUUGAUCAACAGCCCAUGGAGCGUAAUUGGUCAGUGCAACCCGAGAAAAUUGCAUUUGAUUUCACUGGCGGCAGCCAUGCAAUUGAAGGCAAAAAGUUCUAUGUGAAGAACAGUUUCAGAUCGCGACAAUUUAUUGAGAUUAGCUGCAAUGUGCCUGAUUUGCUGCAGAUUACUCCCAGAGAAUCGUACAUUGCACCCGAUGGCGGCCAAGUGGAGGUUACAGUGCAUCCAUUGCGAACGCCAAGACGUGAAAUGCAGCAAAAAGAUUUCCAGGCCAUCAUAGAGGUGGCCAUGGAAAAUGAACGCAUUAAUGUGCCCAUUACUUUUAAAGCUUAAGUUUAUAUAUUUUUAUUGAGUAGUACUGUAUUAGUAAUUCGCUUAAUUUCAUAUCAUGUUUAUUAUAGUUGUAAUUCCCUUAUUCAUUCUGUUUGUCAAUUAAAUAUAUUUUACUUCA